AUGUUUGCAUAAGUAUGUGUAAGUUGGAUCUAAAUUCUGCAGUGCUCAUAGCCGACCAUUCAUAAAGUCUCUGUUUGAGGCUCUGAGCUUUGAAGAGUUGCAAAUGGUUUCCAUUUUAUCCUUGCUUCUUCUGAUGCUGACUAUGUCUCCUCCACUUCCAUGUUCACCAACAUCUCAAAACACUUUGAGCAUAGGCUCGUCCCUCUCUGUGGAGGAUUCAGAUCACUUGUUGAUUUCACCACAAGGAAAAUUCUCUGCCGGCUUUUAUCCUGUUGGAAAAAAUGCUUACUGCUUUGCCAUAUGGUUCACCCAACCUUCGUGCUAUAGGAAUAGUGAUUGUACUCUAAUUUGGAUGGCGAACCGUGACGUCCCAGUUAAUGGAAGACGUUCAAAGCUCUCCCUUCUAAAAAAUGGUAAUCUUGUCCUCACUGAUGCUGGUCGAUCACCCGUUUGGAUCGUCACCAAUACUGCUUCGCUCUCUUCAUUGCAGUUGAGCCUAUACGACACUGGCAAUCUUGUUCUACAUGACUUGAAAGGUAAGAUUUCAUGGCAAAGCUUUGAUUCACCUACUGAUACUCUGCUUCCAGAACAAAACUUCACCAAAAACACUCAGCUUGUUUCUUCAAGAAGCGGUUGGAACUUGUCUACUGGGUUCUACAAGUUUUAUUUCGACAACGAUAAUGUUCUCCGUCUUCUUUAUGAUGGGCCUGAGAUAUCAAGCGUUUUUUGGCCGGAUCCUGGGUCUUUGCCCUGGGAAGAGCAGAGGUCUACGUACAACAGCAGUAGAAUUGCCAUACUCGAUGCAUUGGGUCAAUUUUCUUCUACUGAUAAUUUCACUUUUUUCUCUGCUGAUUACGGAAAGAAGCUCCAGAGAAGGCUUAAGCUUGAUUUCGACGGUAAUUUUCGCUUGUACAGUCGAGAAGAGGAAAAUGGAUCUUGGGUUGUUUCAUGGCAGCUCACUUCUCAGCCAUGCACUGUUCAUGGAAUCUGCGGACCCAAUAGUGUUUGUUCCCAUGAUCAUCGUUUUGGUAGGACGUGUUCUUGCAUUCCAGGGCAUAAAAUGGCAAACCAUUCGGACUGGUCUUAUGGUUGUGAACGAGAUUUUAGCCUCUCAUGUUCCAGUAGCGAGGCUACUUUCCUUAAACUCCGUCAUGUUGAAUUUUAUGGGUAUGAUUUUGGUUUCUAUCCUAAUACAACCUUCGACGAUUGUAAAAACAAAUGCUUGCAGAGAUGCGAUUGCAAAGGUUUCCAAUUUAAAUUUAUCAAGCACGACCAUCCUAGUGAUGUUCCAUAUUGUUUCGCCAAGACGCUGUUGCUAAAUGGACAGCGUUCGCCCAACUUUCAAGGAGAUCUAUAUUUGAGAGUGCCUAAGGAAAGACAGCUCUCCGGCGACUGGACCGUUGACGAAUUCAGCUGGGAUACUUGUAGUAACAGUACCCAAAAUGCUAUCGAGCUGGGAAGAAAGUAUGUGAUAAAUCAUGGGGUUUGGUCUGUGAAGUUCUUGCUUUGGUUUACAAUUGGAGCUGGAUUUUUCGAGAUUUUUGGCGUAAUUUUGGUGUGGGCUUUGUUGCUAAAAAACCCGCAGAACAGAGGCGCAUUCUCGCAAGGCUACAUUCAAGCUGCGACUGGUUUCAAAAGGUUUAGCUAUGCAGAAAUGAAGAAGGCAACGCGAAAUUUCAAAGAAGAAAUUGGAAGAGGAGCAGGAGGAAUCGUGUAUAAAGGCAAAUUAUCCGAUAAUCGAGUUGCAGCAAUUAAGCGAUUAAAUGAAGCUCACCAAGGAGAAGCUGAAUUUCUAGCAGAAGUAAGCACCAUUGGGAAGCUUAAUCACAUGAACCUAAUAGACUUGUGGGGAUAUUGUGCCGACGGGAAGCAUAGGCUUUUGGUUUACGAGUAUAUGGAGCAUGGAUCCUUGGCAGAAAAUCUCUCUACCAAAGCACUUGAUUGGAAGAAGAUAUUUGAAAUUGCCGUAAGCACUGCUAAAGGAUUGGCUUAUUUGCAUGAAGAAUGCUUAGAGUGGGUACUGCACUGUGAUGUAAAGCCACAAAACAUUCUUUUGGGCUCUGAUUACCAGCCAAAGGUGUCAGACUUCGGUCUAUCUCGGUUGUUGAGCAGAGUUAAAAGUGAGAAUUCAUCAGGAUUCUCAAAAUUGAGAGGAACGAGAGGUUACAUGGCCCCUGAGUGGAUUUUCAAUCUGCCCAUCACCUCUAAAGUGGAUGUCUAUAGCUAUGGGAUUGUUGUUCUGGAAAUGGUUACAGGAAAGAGCCCAGCAACGGAUGUUCAACAUGUUGACGAUGGCCAGAACUUAGAACAAAAGACAUUAGUAUCAUGGGUGAGGGAGAAAAAAUCUGGAACUGCUGCAAAAGGACAUUGGGUUAGAGAGAUAAUAGAUCCCGUAAUGGGAAAUGAUUAUGAGAUGGAUAAAUUAGAAAUUCUAGCUGAAGUAGCUCUGCAGUGCGUGGAGGAAGACAGAGAUGCAAGACCCACCAUGGGCCAAGUAGUUGAGAUGCUUUUGCGUGAUGAAAAUCAUCCUUAGCUUGUAAUUACGAAGGCCUUCCUUCUGCUAGUUUCUCUAGUGUCGGCCUAUCUUAAACAUAGUUUGCCGUCUCUUUUGCCUGGAUGAUGCAGUAUCUGUAUAUGAAGCAACAGUGGCCAAUGUAUCUCAGAUGUACAUUAAAUGAUUGGUUUUAUGAAUGCUUUUCCUUUUUAUAA